CCCCGCGGGCUGCGGUGAGGAGGGGAGGCGGGCGCGGGCACGAGCGCGGCGGCCGGCCAUGAUCGCGUCGUGCCUCUGUUACCUGCUGCUGCCCGCCGCGCGCCUCUUCCGUGCGCUCUCAGAUGCUUUCUUCACAUGUCGAAAAAAUGCCCUCCUGGCGAAGAGCUCGUCCACCCAGGUAGAGGGCAACUUUGCCAUGGCCCCUCGGGGGCCCGACCAGGAGGAGUGUGAGGGCCUGCUACAGCAGUGGCGAGAAGAAGGGUCGAGCCAGGUGCUCUCAACUUCGAGUGAGGGUCCCCUUGUAGAUAAGGGACUAGCCCAGAGCAGCCUGGCGCUCCUGAUGGAUAAUCCCGGAGAACAGGAUGCUGCUUCAGAGGACAAGUGGUCCAGCAGGCAGCUGAGUGACCUGCGGGCAGCAGAGAACCUGGAGGAGCCUUUCCCCGAGGUGCUAGGAGAGGAGCCACUGCCAGAGGUCGAGGUCCCAAUGUGGGCAGCUGUCCCCGUGCAGACCGGCCCCCAGUAUGCAGACUGUGCUGUCCUCCCAAUGGGUGCCCUGGCUGCAGAGCAGUGGGAAGAGGACCCCGCAGUGGUGGCCUGGAGCAUAGCACCCGAGCCUAUGCCCCAGGAAGAGGCUCCCAUCUGGCCUUUUGAUGGCCUGGGGCAGUUGCAGCCUCCCCCAGUGGAAAUCCCAUAUCAUGAAAUCUUGUGGCGAGAAUGGGAGGAUUUCUCCGCUCAGCCAGAUGCUCAGGGCCUGGAGGCGGGGGAUGGCCCUCAGUUCCAGUUCACUCUGAUGUCCUAUAACAUCCUGGCCCAGGACCUGAUGCAGCAGAGCUCAGAGCUCUACCUGCAUUGCCAUCCGGAUAUCCUCAAUUGGAACUAUCGCUUUGCGAAUCUCCUGCAGGAAUUCCAGCACUGGGACCCCGAUAUCCUGUGUCUCCAGGAAGUCCAGGAAGAUCAUUACUGGGAGCAGCUGGAGCCUUCUCUGCGAAUGAUGGGUUUUACCUGUUUCUACAAGAGGAGGACCGGGUGUAAAACAGAUGGCUGUGCUGUCUGCUACAAGCCCACGAGAUUCCGUCUGCUCUGUGCCAGCCCUGUGGAGUACUUCCGGCCUGGCUUGGAGCUCCUCAAUCGGGACAACGUGGGCUUAGUGUUGCUGCUGCAGCCACUAGUCCCAGAAGGCCUGGGGCAAGUGUCGGUGGCCCCCCUCUGUGUGGCAAAUACUCAUGUCCUAUACAACCCACGCCGGGGUGAUGUCAAGCUGGCCCAGAUGGCCAUUCUCUUGGCCGAAGUGGACAAAGUAGCCAGGUUGUCUGAUGGCAGCCAUUGCCCCAUCAUCUUGUGUGGGGAUCUGAAUUCUGUUCCUGAUUCACCUCUCUACAACUUCAUCAGGGAUGGAGAGCUCCAGUACCAUGGGAUGCCAGCCUGGAAGGUGUCUGGACAGGAAGACUUCUCUCAUCAGCUUUACCAGAGGAAGCUGCAGGCGCCACUCUGGCCCAGCUCCCUGGGCAUCACUGACUGCUGUCAGUAUUUCACCUCCUGUCACCCCAAGAGAGCAGAGAGACUAAAGUAUAGCCGAGACUUCCUGCUGCGAUUCCGUUUCUGUGACAUCGCCUGUCAGCGACCAGUAGGACUGGUUCUUGUGGAAGGAGUGACAGAUACUAAGCCAGAGCGACCUGCUGGCUGGGCCCAGUCUCUCCUUGAGGAAGACACUUUGGAGCCUGAGCCUGUCUUCCCCAGGACUGUAGGCACCAUCCAGCACUGCCUUCACCUGACCUCAGUAUAUACUCACUUCCUGCCCCAGCAUGGCCGCCCAGAGGUCACCACAAUGCCCUUGGGUCUUGGAACGACAGUGGAUUACAUCUUCUUCUCAGCUGAGUCCUGCGAGAAUGGGAACAGAACUGAUCGCAGGCUGUAUCAAGAUGGGACUCUCAAGCUUCUGGGCCGUCUCUCCCUCCUCUCUGAAGAGAUUCUGUGGGCUGCCAACGGCUUACCCAACCCCUUCUGCUCUUCAGACCACCUCUGCCUGCUGGCCAGCUUUGGGAUGGAAGUCACCGCCCCAUGAUGGGGCUCCCAGGGGAAGAGAGCUUCUCUUCCAGAAGAGCUCACUGGAUCAGAGACUGUGGAAAUACCCCAUGCUUCUGGCAACUUAGAUCCAAGAAACUUACGUCCCCUCUCCUCCUCUCCCCUUCCCAUUUCCCUUUUCCCAUGGUUAGAUUUUCUCCAGGCCUGUCCACGUUCUCUGCCUGUGGUCCCUGCCCCGCCCCAACCUCUUCCUAAUCCUGUGCCACAUACUCAGUGGUCCUGGGAGAGGCCGAAGGGGGGUGGUUUCCCCUUUCCUUCCAUGUAUCCAGCGUUCCCCCUUAAUUUUUAAUUACCAGGGUUGUGGGAGCUAUUGAUCUCAUUGGUUAUUUGGUUUCAGGCCGUUUCUUGAUGGUAUCUUCUAACCCAGUCUUCUUUCUGCUUUCAUGACCUCUGGGCCCAGCCGUCUUGCCAGGCACACACAUGUGAGGUGUGUAGCGUGCAUGUGUCCUCUCGGGGUGGGACUCCUCUGUACGGCCGUGCCUGCAUCUGACCAGCCCACUUUCCACACCGGGGCUGUCGCCCUUCUGACAGGUCGAGGGCAUGACCUGGUAGCUGUGUGCUGCCAUGCAGCAGCAGGGGCAUGGGCCCUUCUCCCCUUUU